AUGGCGGACGCAGACGAGAAGGCGCGGAAGAUUGCCGCCGCCAAGAAGCGCGUCGAGCAAAUGAAGAAGAAGAAGAAGAGCGAGACCGCCAAGAAGACCAAGGAGGAACCUUCCAAGGAGGACGAGGCCGAGCCACCGACCCCGGGCCCUGCGCCUGAAGCUGAAGCUGCACCCGAGCCAGCUGAGGACGAGGAUGACGCCGCUGAGGAGAAGGCUGAAGAAUCGUCUCCGGCGGGAACCCCUUCGCUCGCACAGCAGUCCAAGCUCCGAUCAACCUCUUUCCGUGCUGGUGGCCCUGGCGUUGCAUCACCGCCCGACGGGGACACCGCACCCGAUAUCUAUCGAAAGCACGUUGCCAGGAUAGAGGAGCUCGAGAAGGAGAACAAGCGUCUGGAGAAGGAGAGCACAGACUCCGAGAAGAGAUGGAAGAAGGCGGAAGAAGAGCUGGCUGACCUGCGCGAAGCUGAGGGAGACGAUGUGCCUGCCCCUCACGGUGACGACGAUGUCGAGAAGUUGAAGAGCGAUCUUGCCGCUUUGGAGCGCCAGAACACGCAGCUGCAGCAGCAGGUCUCGCGCACCUCUGGUCACGUCCGCCGUUCCUCCGUCUCGAUCACCUCCCCAGCUGAUCUUCAAGCCGAGCUGGACUCCAAGUCAUCCACCAUCGAAUCAAUGGAAAUCGAGAUCUCAAAACUCAAGGCUCGCGUCGAGCGACACGAGAGCGGCGCCACGUCCGAAAAGGAGCAGGUCACUGCCCUGGAGGAGAAGCUCGCCCGGGCCGAGGCGGCGGCUGGAAAGGCGCAGCGGGAGCUCCAGGACCUGAAGCGCAACCUGGACCGUACGGCGGAAAAGGCUGUCCGCGAAGGCAGUGAGAGAACCAGUGCCGAGACCAAGGUUCGAACUUUGGAGCAGGAGCUGCGGGAGGAGAAGGGCGCCAGGGAGGAGCUGGCCCUGAGGGCCGAAAGCCUCGAGAUGAAGGUCAACACAUUGACGACUCUUCACAAGGAGCAAGAUACAAGGCUACAGGGGCUGAAGAAGGAGAAGGAGGCUGCAGAGAAGCUGUCCAAGGAGCUGAGAACCAAGGCGGAGAAGCUGGAGAACGAGAAUGUCAAGCUACGGGUCCGCAAGUCCACAGACGGUGGCGGCGGCCUUGACGACGAAGGUGUGGAUGAGCUUGAGAAUGAGGAUAGGGUCAGGCUGGAGAAGAAGAUCCGGAGCCUCGAGAAGGAGAACCACGAGCUUCGCAGUGGUGCCUGGAUCGAAAAGCGCCGCGAAAUGGAAAGCACCGGCAAUGGCUUCCAGGAUGUCGACCUCUCCCUGAGCCCUCACAUGGGUCAGCAGAGAAAGACCGCUGGCGGUAUCGGGGACUUCUUCACAAGUGGGCUCAAUGCACUUGCCGGAACUGGAGGUGAUGAUGAAUUCUUGGAGGACGACGACUUGGAAUUCGAUGAGGAUGCGUUUAGAAAGGCACAAGAAGAAGAGAGCAAGAAUCGUCUAGAGCGAAUCAAGGAGAUCAAGCGGGCGCUGAAGCACUGGGAGGGAUGGAGGCUGGAUAUUGUGGACAUCCGAAGAGGAGGACGUGAAGGUAUUGGCGAGAUCUUUGACGUCUAA